GGGCUGGUGCCGUCAACGGGAGCUUCCUGUUUCUUGAGAAUCUGGCUUCUUUUGGGAUCAGAUGCCCCGGGCUGGUGAGCGGGUGGAUUCCGACAUGGGUUUCUUUUCCCUUCUCCUUUGUUGCUUCGAUCGUCCUGUGAUGAGCAAAUCAAGUGUCCUUUCUGUGCCCAUCAUUUUGCUGGGCCAGGACUGCAGUGGCCACAGGCUAGGUGAAGUCCCCACCCUUGGGAACCUGCAUAUUGGCCGCACGCUGCCCACAGCCUCUUGGAUUUUUUGUGGGUGCUGACUUAACUGGAGAGAGUCCAUCAAAGUACAGGGUCCCUUCAUAGCCAGCAGCUUGAAGAAGGGGCUUUUCUCCAGUUUCACCCCUGGUAUCUCAGUGCUACGUGUUGUACUGUUCUCAGCAUCUCCCAGGAUGACAAAUGCAGUGUUAAGUUUUGGAAUACACUCCUUGCUCUGUCGUCUCCGGUGGCCUUGAGCCCAUGCUGAGUUUCUGGGGACCCUGGCCAGGAUCUGAUUGGAACUGGCAUCGGGGAGCGGCCACGAGAGUCACGCCGGCUUUGUCAUUCCUCUUGGAAAGAAAAGCAUCUUCGCAGUGCCAUGGAAUUGGCCCUCACCUUGGAAACCCGCUGCAGGUGCUGAGACUGUGCUUUCUUGCUUGAACCAUCUCAGGGAUAUUUUAUGGUCCUCAUGACCACGGUGGUGGGAUGACAUCAUCAUGGAAUUGAAAUCCAUCCCAGCUGGUGGUGGGUACACCGAGUCACGGAACUGGUGAGCGAAGAGCGCCUGCCACCAGUCCACGGCAGAGUUGGGAGUGGCACAUGAAGCCAGCCACCCUCGUCUUCGUCUCAGGUCGGUGUCUCCAGCCAGUGACAUCACCUCUGCCCCUUGACCUUGAUCCUCAGCUGCAGAAGCACAUCACCAGACGUCACGUGAGGGCCUUUCGGGGCCCCUCCCAGGACUCUCGGCCACCUCUUCAGUCUUCAGCUUCAUCCCCUGCCUUCCCGGCAAAUCACACCCAACCUUGGCCAAAUGAGGAACAGUCUUUAAAAGGAGAGCCUGGCAUGAAGAUUUAUUUCUUCUCCGUCUGCUUCGACUGAAAUCUCGUGCAGAUUUUUAGAUCAACAUGAAUGGCUUUGAGGAAGGCGUGGAGUUCCUGCCGGCCAACAACGCCAGGAAGGUGGAGAAGGACGGCCCGCGGCGGUGGGUGGUGCCCGUAGCCGUGCUGGCUGGCCUCCUGGUGCUGUCCCUCAUGGCGGGGCUCCUGGCGUGGCACUUCCAGUACCGGAAUGUGCGGGUUCAGAAGGUCUUCAAUGGCUACCUGAGGAUCACGAACGAGAACUUCCUGGAUGCCUAUGAGAACUCCAGCUCCACUGAGUUUGCAAACCUGGCCAAGAAGGUGAAGGAAGCGCUGAAGCUCUUAUACAGCGGGAUCCCUGUCCUGGGCCCCUACUACAGGAAGUCAGCUGUGACCGCCUUCAGCGAGGGCAGCAUCAUCGCCUACUACUGGUCGGAGUUCAGCAUCCCCCAGUACCUGGUGCAGGAGGCCGAGCAGGCCAUGGCACAGGAACACGUGGUCACGCUGCCGCCCCGAGCCCGCGCCGUGAGCUCCUUCGUGCUGACCUCAGUGGUGGCCUUCCCCACUGACCCCAGAACAGUACAGAGCACCCAGGACAACAGCUGCAGCUUUGCCCUGCACGCCCGUGGCAGCGAGCCGACCCGCUUCACCACGCCCGGCUUCCCCGACAGCCCCUACCCGUCUCACGCCCGCUGCCAGUGGACCCUGCGGGGGGACGCUGACUCCACACUGAGCCUCACCUUCCGCAGCUUCGAUGUCGCGACCUGUGAUGAAAGUGGCAGUGACCUGGUCACUGUGUAUGACACCCUGAGCCCCGUGGAACCCCGGACUGUGGUGCAGCUGUGUGGCUCAUACCCUCCCUCCUACAACCUGACCUUCCUCUCCUCCCAGAACGUCCUGCUCGUCACGCUGGUGACCAACACCGAGCGCCGACACCCCGGCUUCGAGGCCACGGUCUUCCAGUUGCCUCGGAUGAGCAGCUGUGGAGGCGACUUGCAUGCAGCCCAGGGCACAUUUAGCAGCCCCUACUAUCCAGCCCACUACCCGCCCAACAUCAACUGCACCUGGAACAUCGAGGUGCCCGACAACCAAAAUGUGAAGGUGCACUUCAAAGCCUUCUUCUUGCUGGAGCCCAACGUCCCCCUGGGCUCCUGCUCCAAGGACUACGUGGAGAUCAACGGGGAGAGGUACUGUGGAGAGAGGCCCCAGUUUGUCGUGAGCAGCGGCAGCAGCAAGAUCACCGUCCACUUCCACUCGGACCAGUCCUACACGGACACCGGGUUCCUGGCCGAGUACCUGUCCUACGACGCCAGUGACCCGUGCCCGGGCAGGUUCAUGUGUAACACAGGGCGGUGUAUCCAGGAGGAGCUGCGCUGUGACGGCUGGGCUGACUGCACCGACCACAGCGACGAGCUCCACUGCCAAUGCAACGCCACCUACCAGUUCACGUGCACGGACAAGCUCUGCAAGCCCCUCUUCUGGGUCUGUGACUCCGUGAAGGACUGCGAGGACGGCAGUGAUGAGCAGGGCUGCAGCUGCCCGCCCGAGACCUUCAGGUGUAACAACGGGAAGUGCCUCCCGCAGAGCCAGCAGUGUGACGGGAAGGACAACUGUGGGGACGGGUCCGAUGAGGCCAAGUGCGACCACGUGAGCACCGUCACCUGCACCAAACACACCUACCGCUGCCUCGACGGGCUCUGUGUGAGCAAGGGCAACCCCGAGUGUGAUGGGAAGAAGGACUGUAUCGAUGGCUCGGAUGAGAAGGACUGUGACUGUGGGCUGCGGUCAUUCUCCAGGCAGUCUCGGGUUGUCGGGGGUGAGAACGCGGACGAAGGUGAGUGGCCCUGGCAGGUGAGCCUCCACGCCCGGGGCCAGGGCCACGUGUGUGGGGCUUCCCUCAUCUCCCCCAGCUGGAUGGUGUCCGCCGCCCACUGCUUCGUCAACCACAGAGGAUUCAGGUACUCUGACCACAGCAUGUGGACCGCCUUCCUGGGCCUGCACGACCAGAGCAAGCGCAGCGCCCCCGGGGUGCAGGAGCGCCGGCUGCAGCGCAUCAUCUCCCACCCCUUCUUCAACGACUUCACCUUUGACUACGACAUCGCGCUGCUGCAGCUGGAGCAGCCGGCCGAGUACAGCGCUACCGUGCGGCCCAUCUGCCUGCCGGACGCCGCGCAUGCCUUCCCCGCCGGCAAGGCCAUCUGGGUCACCGGCUGGGGCCACACGCAGGAGGGAGGCACCAGGGCGCUGAUCCUGCAGAAGGGCGAGAUCCGCGUCAUCAACCAGACCACGUGCGAGCGCCUGCUGCCGCAGCAGAUCACCGCGCGCAUGAUGUGCGUGGGCUACCUCAGCGGCGGCGUGGACGCCUGCCAGGGCGAUUCCGGGGGCCCGCUGUCCAGCCCGGAGGCCGAUGGGCGGAUGUUCCAGGCCGGCGUGGUGAGCUGGGGCGACGGCUGCGCGCAGAGGGACAAGCCAGGCGUGUACACGAGGCUCUCCGUGUUUCGGGACUGGAUUAAACAGCAGACCGGGGUGUAGCGGCGAGGUGCCACCCCAGGUGCGCACGUGCGGGCUGAAGACGGGAUUGCUGGUCGGACCCCCGGCUUGGCCCCCGGAACCCAGACUGGGACCUGAUCCCCGAGCCUCUGGAGAUGGAAACGCGCCCGCAGGCCUCUCACCCACCCCACACCCCCAGCUUCCCAAGCGUGUUCGGGGAGGGGAGGGGAGGACGCCUGGCAGUGCCAGGCCAGAGGUUUGAAGACACAGCCUUUCGGCCCUGGCGCCACGCUGGGCCGGAGGCUCUUUUCCUCGAAUACAGGGAAGGCUGGCUUCGUCUGCCUCAGAUAUAGGACCAGCUCUUGUUUGGACUUUGGGGCCCCUUGGGCGGGGCUGGUGGGACACCACGGGCUCCCAGGGUCGCCUGCUUCAGGAAAUCCAGGCCUGAGGGACCUGGAAGUCAGCCGGGUCCAAGGUUCGAAUGUUUUGCCGGCUCCCAGGGCAGGGUUCAGUGUGUAUAUUUGUGUGUAUGAGUAAAACACUUUAUUUCUUUUUA